AUUGCUUUUAAAUCAUAAUCGAUAUAUUUUUUAUUCACAUUAUAUAAGAUAUCGUAUAUAAUAUAUGUUGUAAUAUAUUAUAUAAUAUAAUAUUUAAGUUAUAAUAAGCGACGAAAUUGUAAACCAAUUUGCAAUCAAACGGACAUUAAAUCGAUUGAGAGAUCAACUAAUUUGCGGCUAAAAUAAUGGUCCAGAAAUAUCAGUCACCCGUUAGGGUAUAUAAAUACCCCUUUGAAUUGGUUAUGGCUGCAUACGAGAGACGGUUCCCGACGUGUGAAAUGAUUCCGGUAUUCGUCGGCUCCGACACCAUAUCCGAGACCGACGACGGAGUGGUUCACGUGAUUGAGCGCAAGUGUCGGAUCAAUGUUGAAGCGCCCUAUCUAUUGAAAAAGAUAUCUGGCGUCGAUUUCGUAUAUUUUAUACAAAAGAAUACUUUAGACCGAAAAAACAGAAUAUUAAAGAUCGAGGCCUGGAAUGAAAGCUUUGCUAAUCGUAUCGUAAUUCACGAAUUGUGUACUUAUCGGGUAUACCCGGAGAACCCGGAGUGGACGUGCUUUGAACAGUCGGCGAGUCUGGAAGUGAGUCACUUCUGGGGCUUUGAAGGAGUGGUGGAGAAGUUGGCGGUUAAACACUAUUCACAGAAUAUAAAGAAAGGCAAAGAGAUUAUUGAGCACUACAUAAAUGUGCUGAAAGAGGAGGGAAUCACUUAUAUUCCGCCCUUUUGCUCGACUAAGACAUCGAAGGACUCGUUGGAUGAGUUGGACGUGCCGUUCAUCGACAGCGCCGAACCUAACCAUAAGAACGGUUCGAUUAAUAAUUAUAAUUACAAUAAUUGUAAUCAACAGAUGACAGAAGUCGCUAAACAGAGCUGACGUUAACCACAACUACAAAGCACUUGAAUAUGCAUUCAGUCAGUCGUCUAACUCUAACUCUGUUUAUAGUUUGUUGAGUGAUUUGAAUCACUAUUACGUUAUAGAGAUUGAGAUCUAAUUAAUAGUUUUAAAGACAUUUAUGAAUUAAUUGUAAAUAAAUGGGAACUUAGGAUAACUUAACCAAAUAAAUGCGAUAAUUUUUAAGUUGACUUAUUUUCAAGUGAUUUAACGAAUAUAUGAUAAUUAUUAACGAAUAAAUGGACAGUUAUAUAAUAAUAUGACAAUAUAUUAGACAUCGUUUUAGACUAAUUCUACCAUCAUUUCACUAUUCAGUACUGUUCAUAACCAUCUAAUGCAGUAUUUUCAUCACAUCUUACGGUAUAUUACAAAAUAAAUGCAUUUAUUAUUUGAAUAUCAAAUUCAAAUACUUGAGUCAAUACUUCAUAUCAA